GUCAGAGCCGCCCCCGGGCCGGGCGGGCACCUCAGCCAUGGCCCUGCGCAAGGAGCUGCUCAAGUCCAUCUGGUACGCGUUCACCGCCCUGGACGUGGAGAAGAGUGGCAAGGUCUCCAAGUCCCAGCUCAAGAUAAUAAAGAAGUGAAGAUCUGGCACACGUGCCUCCUCUGGGAUGCUGCCAGCUCCUGUCUCAGGAACUGAUUCUAAGCUUACCUGGUGGAAGCAGCCCUUCUACUCAGCAUCCAUUGACUGCCUUUCGUGCACAGAAGAGGACACGGGGGCCGUGGGACAUAGAGAUGAGCAGAGACAUUGUCUCCAGAGUUCCCAGUCUACCUGCAGAGAGUCUCGGGGUCCACAUCGUAACAGUGAGGGAGGCAGCCUUCAGAGCUAGACACACCUGGUUCCAAGCUCAGCCCCGCCGUUUACUCUGAACUUCCGCAAGCCUCGGCAUCUUCGUCCGAAAAACAGGGAUAAUGUCUAUGUAUCACAGUUGUUGUGGAGGUUGGACAUGGGGUAUAGAAAGCACCUCAUACAGUGACUGCCACAUAGUAGGUGCUGUCCCACAACCUGUACACGGUCCUGCACAUCCCCCACGACCCUGUGGCUCUGGAGGAGCACUUCCGGGAUGAUGACGACGGCCCCGUGUCCAGCCAGGGAUACAUGCCCUACCUCAACAAGUACAUCCUGGACAAGGUGGAGGAGGGGGCUUUCGUUAAGGAGCACUUUGAUGAGCUGUGUUGGACCCUGACGGCCAAGAAGAACUACCGGGUGGACAGCAACGGGAACAGCAUGCUCUCCAAUGAGGAUGCCUUCCGCCUCUGGUGCCUCUUCAACUUCCUGUCUGAGGACAAGUACCCUCUGAUCAUGGUUCCUGAUGAGGUGGAAUACCUGCUGAAGAAAGUGCUCAGCAGCAUGAGCUUGGAGGUGGGCUUGGGUGAGCUGGAGGAGUUGCUGGCCCAGGAAGCCCAGGCGGCCCAGACCACCGGAGGCCUCAGCGUCUGGCAGUUCCUGGAGCUCUUCAACUCGGGGCGCUGUCUUCGAGGCGUGGGGCGGGACACUCUCAGCAUGGCCAUCCAUGAAGUCUACCAGGAGCUCAUCCAAGAUGUCCUGAAGCAGGGCUACCUGUGGAAGCGAGGGCACCUGCGGAGGAACUGGGCAGAACGCUGGUUCCAGCUGCAGCCCAGCUCCCUCUGCUAUUUUGGGAGUGAAGAGUGCAAGGAGAAAAGGGGUACUAUCCCGCUGGAUGCUCAAUGCUGCGUGGAGGUGCUGCCCGACCGAGAGGGGAAGCGCUGCAUGUUCUGUGUGAAGACAGCCUCCCGCACGUACGAGAUGAGCGCCUCGGACACGCGCCAGCGCCAGGAAUGGACGGCUGCCAUCCAGACCGCGAUCCGACUGCAGGCCGAGGGGAAGACGUCGCUGCACAAGGACCUGAAGCAGAAGCGGCGCGAGCAACGGGAGCAGCGGGAGCGACGCCGGGCGGCCAAGGAGGAGGAGCUGCUGCGCCUGCAGCAGCUGCAGGAGGAGAAGGAGCGGAAGCUGCAGGAGCUGGAGCUGCUACAGGAGGCGCAGCGGCAGGCCGAGCGCCUGCUGCAGGAGGAGGAGGCGCGACGCCGCAGCCAGCACCGCGAGCUGCAGCAGGCACUCGAGGGCCAGCUGCGCGAGGCGGAGCAGGCCCGGGCCUCCAUGCAGGCUGAGAUGGAACUGAAGAAGGAGGAGGCUGCCCGGCAGCGGCAGCGGAUCCAAGAGCUGGAGGACAUGCAGCAGAGGCUCGAGGAGGCCCUGCACCUGGAGGUGAAAGCUCGGCGCGACGAGGAGGCCGUGCGCCUCGCCCAGACCAGGCUGCUGCAGGAGGAGGAGGAGAAGCUGAAGCAGCUGCUGCAGCUCAAGGAGGAGCACGAGCGCUACAUCGAGCGCGCGCAGCGGGAGAAGCAGGAGCUGCAGCAGGAGAUGGCGCAGCAGAGCCGCUCCCUGCAGCAAGCGCAGCAGCAGCUGGAGGAAGUGCGGCAGAACCGGCAGCGGGCGGACGAGGACGUGGAGGCUGCCCAGCAGAAGCUGCGCCAGGCCAGCACCAAUGUGAAACACUGGAAUGUUCAGAUGAACCGGCUCAUGCAUCCGAUUGCUCCUGGAGAUAAGCGUCCCACCACCAGCAGCUCCUUCACAGGCUUCCAGCCACAUCUACUUGCCCGACGCGACUCCUCCCUAAAGCGCCUGACCCGCUGGGGAUCCCAGGGCAACAGGACCCCCUCGCCCAGCAGCAGUGAGCAGCAGAAGUCCCUCAAUGGUGGGGAUGAGGCUCCCAGCUCAGCUUCCACCCCUCAGGAAGAUAAACUGGACCCAGCACCAGAAAAUUAGCCUCUGCUAUCCCCUUUUCCCCCCAACCUCAUACCCACCAGAACCUGGCCACAGCUGGCCUGUGGGUGACGCCAGCCCUGCAGAAGAGGGAGCUGAGGUCCUGGUGCCAGGAGCCCCGGCCCUCCAACUGUGACAGUCCAGAAUGGAGCCUAGUUCAUUAUGGGCAUCAGCCCCAGGCCCCUGACCACUGAGGCUGUCUGGGGUGUUGAUCCUUGAGAACUUGAUCUCGUGCCUUAACCCCAAGGACCCUGUGCCCUGGGCUGGAAAGAAGAGCAAACCAGCAAGCCAAACAUCAUGGGCCCUCAGACUGCCACCAGGCUGCGGAAUCACAUUUCCAAAUAAAAACUGCUCUUGGAAUGAACCCCUGA